UUUUUUUUAUCGACCGUGCUCAAAAUAACAUAUAUUUUUCGAGCACGGGUUUUUCUGGUCCAAGCGUAUCUUGUCUUUACCACGAAUUUUUUUCCUUGGUUAACAAUAAUUGUAAUUUUGCCAAUAUUCGCAGGCUCCAUAAUUUUAUUUCUUCCCCAUAGAGGAAAUAGAGUAAUUAGGUGGUAUACUAUAUGUAUAUGUAUUCUAGAACUCCUUCUAACGACCUAUGCAUUCUGUUAUCACUUUCAAUUGGAUGAUCCAUUAAUCCAAUUAGUCGAGGACUUUAAAUGGAUCGAUUUUUUUGAUUUCCAUUGGAGAUUAGGAAUAGAUGGACUUUCUAUAGGACCCAUAUUACUAACGGGAUUCAUCACUACUUUAGCUACCUUAGCGGCUUGGCCAGUUACUCGAGAUUCUCGAUUAUUUCAUUUUCUAAUGUUAGCAAUGUACAGCGGUCAAAUAGGAUUAUUUGCUUCUCGAGACCUUUUACUGUUUUUCAUCAUGUGGGAGUUAGAAUUAAUUCCGGUUUAUCUACUUUUAUCCAUGUGGGGGGGAAAGAAACGUCUUUACUCGGCUACAAAAUUUAUUUUAUAUACAGCGGGGGGUUCCGUUUUUCUCUUAAUGGGAGUUUUGGGUGUCGGUUUAUAUGGUUCUACUGAGCCGACAUUAAACUUUGCAACAUUAGUUAAUCAGUCAUAUCCUGUGGCGUUGGAAAUAAUAUUAUAUAUUGGAUUUUUUAUUGCUUUUGCUGUCAAAUCGCCGAUUAUACCUCUACAUACAUGGUUACCAGAUACCCAUGGAGAAGCACAUUACAGUACUUGUAUGCUUUUAGCCGGAAUCUUAUUAAAAAUGGGAGCGUAUGGGUUGAUUCGGAUUAAUAUGGAAUUAUUAUCCCACGCCCAUUCUAUAUUUUCUCCGUGGUUGGUGAUAGUAGGCACAAUACAAAUAAUAUAUGCAGCUUCAACAUCUCUUGGCCAACGUAAUUUAAAAAAAAGAAUAGCCUAUUCCUCUGUAUCUCAUAUGGGUUUCAUACUUAUAGGAAUUGGUUCUAUAAACGAUACGGGACUCAAUGGAGCCAUUUUACAAAUAGUCUCUCAUGGAUUUAUUGGUGCUGCGCUUUUUUUCUUGGCAGGAACGAGUUAUGAUAGAAUACGUCUUGUUUAUCUCGACGAAAUGGGUGGAAUAGCUAUCCCAAUGCCAAAAAUAUUCACGAUGUUCAGCAGCUUUUCAAUGGCUUCUCUUGCAUUACCGGGCAUGAGUGGUUUUGUUGCAGAAUUUAUAGUUUUUUUUGGAAUCAUUACCAGCCAAAAAUAUCUUUUAAUAUCAAAACUAGGAAUUACUUUUGUAAUGGCAAUUGGAAUUAUAUUAACUCCUAUUUAUUCAUUAUCUAUGUUACGCCAGAUGUUCUAUGGAUACAAGCUAUUUAAUGCUCCAAACUCAUAUGUUUUUGAUUCUGGACCACGAGAGUUAUUUGUUUCGAUCGCUAUCUUUAUACCCGUAAUAGGUAUUGGUAUGUACCCUGAUUUUGUUCUUUCCCUAUCAGUUGACAAGGUCGAGGUUCUUUUAUCUAAUUUUGUUUAUAGAUAGUUUUCAUAAAAAAAUCCUAGGAUUGGGAUAAUUAAAAAAAAGAAUACUUUUUACUCUCUUAAGUUAAAAAGAAAUUACACCCGACAUGUUUGGUCUUUGUGAGAACCAUGCGAAUCCUCGCACUACUUGAUUCACAUGGUUCUCAUUGGUUCAUAUAAAGUUUUUUAUAUACAAAAAACUUUCUAUUUCAAAAUUCGCAAGAACCUUUCUUGAAUUCAAUUAGAUGUUAACGUAAAUGAACCAUAAGUAUGUAGCCCUAUUCCUAAUAGAUUGACCCCAAAAUAGCAUAUCCAAAUUAUAAGAAAGCCCAUAGAUGCCACAAUUGCGGAAUUUUCAACCUGUAAAUUUGUAUUGGUUCUAGUAUGUAAAUAAACCGCAAAUACGAUCCAAGUAAUAAAUGCCCAAGUUUCCUUUGGGUCCCAAUUCCAAUAUGACCCCCAUGCUUCAUUAGCCCAUACUGCUCCUGAAAGAAUA